AAGUGUAUAGAGCAGCACGGCUGCGUAAAAUCAGCUGAGUGCGGAUUCCAGUAUACUGCGAAGUAUUUCUGCCUGGACAUCAUCUUCUGUCCCCGUUUUGAUGCGUUAGAUCUUAAUAUAUAUUUUUACCCUUGUUUACCACGCUCAUCUUGCAUCUAGAAAAUUAUUUUAAACGGUGCUCGGGCUCAGGUUCUGUUUUCCUGCAGUAGUCUGACACUGAGCAUGCUGGGACAGCACUGAGGAAUGAUGGAUCCUGAAGAGGCAGAACUUCAGAAUGACUACCGUUACAGAAAUUAUGCAGCCGUCAUUGAGAAGGCGUUGCGCAAUUUUGAGUCUUCCAGCGAGUGGGCUGACCUCAUCUCUUGUCUUGGAAAACUCAAUAAGGCUCUCCAGAGUAAUCUGAAGUACUCUCUGUUGCCGAGGCGGCUGAUUAUCGGAAAGAGAUUGGCUCAGUGCCUGCACCCGGCUCUGCCCAGCGGCGUCCACCUCAAAGCACUGGAGACCUAUGAGGUCAUCUUUAAAAUCAUUGGCACAAAAUGGCUGGCUAAAGAUCUGUUUAUCUAUAGCUCAGGACUGUUUCCCCUGCUCAGCCAUGCAGCAAUGUCAGUGAAAACUGCUGUCUUGACUCUAUAUGAACGCUACUUUCUGCCCCUGCAGAAAGCUUUGCUGCCAAGCCUGCAGGCCUUCAUCAUAGGCCUGCUGCCUGGCCUGGAAGAAGGCUUGGAGGUCUACGAUAGGACAGACACACUGCUGGUGAAGUUGUCCCUGUUAGUGGGACAGUCAGUGUUUUAUGGUGCACUGUGGGGCUCAGCCCUUGUGUGUCCAUUGGUGCGGCUCCCUGCUUCACUCUUCAUCGUCACUCACUUUGACCGCAUGGCCACCAGCCGUGAGCAAAAAUACAUGCUAGGCAAUGACCACAGACUAGCUGUGAAGGCAAUCCGUUUCUCUCUACAGGACACUAAUGUACUGGUCCAGCGGAACAUGCUAGAGAUUCUUCUCUACUUCUUUCCCUUUGCAGCAUGUCUGGACCCAGAGUCGUGUUCUGUCCCUCUUAAACGUGAAGAGAUGAUCACAUUGGUGUCUGCUGCAUCUCUCACUCUGCUCAGGAGAGACAUGUCACUCAACCGGCGCCUCUACGCAUGGCUUCUAGGCUUAGAUAUUAAAGGGGGCAUGGUGGCUCCAGAUACAACCCUAUACACUACAAUUGAAGAACAUACUGCAUACUACUUUAACACACAUUCCAGAGAGCUACUGGUGCAGGCCUUUGUGAAUAUUCUGCAGCAGAAAGACAUAGAGAAAGACCCAGAUAAUGUAAUUAACUAUCUCAGACCAUUCCGCAUCAUGAUCAGUUUACUGGACAAAUCAGAAAUUGGGCCACUGGUCGUGUCUGAUGUGUUGUUGGAGGUGAUAAGGGCCUUUUAUUGUUACUGUAGAGAGUUGCUGGGAGAGGAGUCGCUUAACUCCAGUCACUCUGGCAGCCAGCUCACAAGUAAAAUCAAAGAGAACAAAAAUGUUUCUGAGAUCAUAAAGACAGUCAACAUGUUUGUCGGAGCCAUGAGCAGUGAAUACCUUUGGGACUACAUGACCAAGCGCUUCCACACCUGUCUCAGCGGGUUAAGUGACCAUGCAGGUGUGUCUUCAGCUAAAGAGUGGAGUCCUCCUCCAUCAGUGACUGAGCUCUCGACCCUCAUCAUCUUCCUCCUUGAUGUUAUCCCUUUGGAGCUUUAUGCUGAGAUCCAAACACAGUACCUGCCCCAGAUGCUGGGUAGCAUGCUGCAGUCUUUGUGUGCUCACAUGACAUCUCUCAACCUAGCAGAGCUGACACACACCCUUAGAGCAUGUUUUAAAGUUCUGAGUAAGAUCCAGAUGCCUGUGAGCUAUAUGGAUAUGGAUGUGGAGUUACAGACACAAGAUGUAAAGAAGGCUGCAGUGGCAGACAUCAAGAAGGAGAAUGAGACUGAAAACCAAACCAGUGACUAUAAAAUCCAAGAAGAUGAAGUAACCGUCAAUGGACAGGAUGCACAAGAAGUGGGAGCUGAAACGACCACAUUCCCAUCUCUGAGCUCUGAGGACAGUGGACUGGGCCUCAGCGCAUCAACUUCUGAACAGCAACUUCCUCCUGGCCGCAACUCAUCCAGCUCUGCUUCAGGGGAUUGCAACAAGGCAGAGGAUGUGUGGAGGAAAGGAGGGGGCAUGGAAAACAUGUCCAAGUGCAUACAGGACAUACUGGCAUCAGUUAUUACAAGGCACUUGUUGGUGGUUGUAGAUCCAGAAAAGCAGAAGGCACAGGAGGACGUCUCGCAGUGUGUCUCCCAGCGUGGCAGGACACGCUCUUCAAUUGGGCGUGAAGGCAGCCGAGAUCUGGGCCUGAUCAAAGACAGACUGGCUGAGCUCUUCAUCCCUGGUAAACUGCGAGAGCAAUCUCAGGAGGCGUUUAAUGAUGAUAAGGGGAAAAGCUCUGGACAUGCACUCCUUCAGUGGACAGAGGGAUUCCAGCCAAGGGGGAAAGGAGAGGUCACUGAAUCCUGUCGACACGCAUUUACUGCUGCCUGCCAUCUCCUGCUGGAGAGCACAACAUUCCCUGUCUACUACACAGAAAAAGAGAGCCAGGAGCUCCACAGCAAAAUGUUUGAGAACACCACAGGCACUGAAGAGGGCAGCCUCCCUGAGUGGCUGAGGUCCUUAAUGACUCUGUGUUGUAUUUCUAAAGACUACCAGGUUCAGCAUGUGGCCAUUUCUUCUAUUCUGGAGCUGAUAAACCACUCUCAGUCUUUAGCGCUAGUCAUCCAGGACAAGAAUCAACGCUAUAAAAGAUCAGAGGCCAGCCCUCUCAGUGGACAGCUACAGAUGGUCACGCUGCCUCCCAUUUACCCAGCAGUGCUUAAAACCAUGGAGUUACGCACAGACUUUUACCAGCGGGCAGCUCAGGUGCUGUGGGCUCAGCUGGACACAGAACGCAAAGAGCAACAUAUUUCCUGUGUGGAGCUCUUCUAUCGAUUGCACUGUCUGGCGCCAUCCACAGCCAUCUGUGAGGAUAUAAUCUGCAUGGCCUUGCUGAGCAGAGACAAGGUUGUGCGUUUGGAGGCCCUUCACAGAUUCUCUAUUUUGUGGCACCUGAUGCGAGAGGUUCAGAUGAAUCGCAGCACUUCUCUGAAUCGCUCUUUUGACAGGUCUCUGUUUGUGGUGUUGGACAGUCUAAAUAGUCAAGAUGGUAGCGUCAGUGCAGUCGGACAGAGCUGGCUGGUGCGAGCUCUGUCUCUUGGUGAUGUUGUCCGCAUCUUGGAACCUGUUUUACUCUUACUGCUGGACCCGAAGACAAAGAGAACAGCCAUUCAGAACAUCAAACACAGUCUUUCAGUCGGAAAUUGGAGUGCAUUAAGUUACAAGGACAAGACCAAAAUUAAGUGCACUGGAGGUGGUAUGAUGAUCCACCCGGAGGACAGCAUGUUGACUCAUAUUGCUCUGGUAGACCGUGAGGCUAUAUGGCUUGACCUGCAGCGUGAUCCAGAGCUUCCUGGAAUGCUAUCAGAUUCCCCUGUGAUGUCUCGCAGUGAAAGCGAAGAGACAGAUGGGGAUGAUGAGGCCGGAGAAGAAGAAGAAGAGGAGAGUGAGCACACUGAGUCAGCUGACACAAGUGGAGCCCAGAACUCCACAGAGACAUCGAGUUCUGGCUCCAUCUCUUACCUGCAGCGGCCUGCUGAAGGCAUUGUGGUCAAUGGUCUGCAGCGUGGUGACUCGGAGCAUACACAAGCUUCUGAUUCACUAUCAAGUGAUGAGGAUGAUGGCCAGCUGGAGGCCCUAGCCAAAUCCCGUCUGUUGAAGCAGCAACGUGAGAGACAAGAAGCAGUGGAUUCGCUAUUCCAACAUAUUCUGCUUUACCAGCAGACCUAUGAGAGUGGACGGAUUCUGUAUGCCUUUGCAGUGGUGGAAACACUGUUAAGGAGCAGUGCAGGUCCAUUUGUGGAGGCACUAAGUAAUACAGCUUUGGACUGCAGCUCUACUGCCCAUCUGAACCUUAUCCAGAACCUACUACAGAGACAUCGGCAAGCUCAGGAGGGUGGCAGUUUCUAUGGUCCUCUCCAGAAUUCCACCCCACCUAAAGCUGGCACCCCAGAGCAGCCACCCUCCUCUCCACUUUCCUCUCCUUUAAGCUCUUUAUCUCCUCCCACUUUCCUUCUGGAGAUCCUGACAUGCCUUUGUUUGCGGUUCCUGCGCUCCCACUACCCUUCUUAUGCUAAUGUGAAUGCCCGUCAUGUUCAGGCAAACCGAGAGGUGCAGGUCAAGAGUGUAGAGGUGCUGACAGCACUGGUGGAACAACUAGUGACUGUGGCACAGCAGGCCCAGACAGGUGAGACUAGUGCCAGUGGAAGCUUAGAACCCAUACGUAAUCUACUAUGGGGCAGCAAGUUGCAGCACUAUGUCCUCCUUAUGCUGUCCAAUUCCAUGUAUGUCUGCCAGCGUGCAGAUGGACCUGUCCAUCACCCACUGACUAAAGAUGAGCCGGGUGAUGCAGGACAAGUCUCUGAGGAGAGGCUGGUUCAUUGUGGGCGAGAUGGGAGCUGGGCUGAACAUCCAAUUCAGAUUGCCCUCCUGAAGCUGGUUAAAGUUCUAAUUGUACUAGAACAUUGUGUAUCUCCAGCAAACACCAAGAAACCUGCCCAAGAUAACCUGUUGCAGCAGCCCCUGGAGGACAUCCCUUCCUCUGCACUAACACGAGAAUGGCACACUGCAAUAAUGUUCCAGCAGUCCAUCAAGGCUGUUUGCUAUGUGGCCAGCCAACCCAUUACAGCACAGGGCAUGUUUGUGUCAGCUGCAGCCCGGGCUCUGUGCCCACAGUAUGGCUUUGCCAUGCACCCAGGUUGGGUGACGCUGCUGUGUCAGAUUCUACCGUUCCUUGGCCGUUCGCUGGCCAUCAUUGUGGCUCCCAUCAUCACACAGAUCUGCAGAAACCUUGAUGAGCUUGUUAAACAGCAUGAGCCUGACGGAUUAAAGGCUACUCAUGGCAGUAACCUGAAGAAGGAGAACAUUGCACCUGAUUAUCCUCUCACUCUGCUGGAGGGGCUUACUGCUAUCACACACUACUGCCUCCUGGAACACAAGAAGUCUGCAGGUUGUGAUGCAACAGACAUGCGAAAUGCCUGUAAUGCUAUUCUGGAGGGGUUACCUCAUAUGGUCAACACCAUGGCGUUGCUCUGGGGUGUAGUCAAGGGUGCUGACUCAGCCUACAGCAGCAGAUCUUCCUCCACCUCUGUCUAUUUCAAAAGCACUAAGAUCCUGAAACAGAAGGUUUUGGGGCUCCUGACACCCUUGACUCAGCAGUACGGGGCACAAGUCAUGGCCUCUGUGGCUGCUAUAUGGAACAGUAGGCGGAGCCGAAAGAGACGCUCCAAAAACAAGAUUCUGCCAGUAGUCAGUGAUUCUCAAAUGAUGAUUGUAGAUUUAGUAAAGUCAGUGAACACACUCCGCACCGAAACAAUUUUACAGCUCAUCAGGGAGGUGGUGAAGAAACCCCACCAAAUCAAAGGAGACCAGCAAAGGCCAACCCUAGUUGAUGUACCUAUGCUGCAGUUCUGUUAUUCCUACAUACAGAGUCUUCCUGCUCAGGAUCUUCAGGAAAAUGUAAUGGCUGUCCUCUCUCUACUUAAAGAUUCUGUGCAGCUUAAUCUUGCCCCACCUGGCCAUUUCCUCCUUCUUGGCAUCCUGAAUGACUUUGUGAAUAGACUCCCUACCAUGGACAACAAGAGAGAUUCCAGAGAACUGCAGGAAGUGACCCAGAGAAUUCUGGAGGCAGUAGGCGCUGUGGCUGGCUCUUCUCUGGAACAGACCAGCUGGCUGAGCCGUAAUCUGGAGGUGAAGGCACAACCUCAGAUCUGCCUGCAGGAGGAUGAAGAUGAGCCAGAAGGCACUGAAUUCUAUGAGUCUGUUGGCCAAGGUAGUGCUAUGGUGUCAUCUUCAGCUCCAUCUGUGUUCAGUGUACAAGCUCUGGCUCUGUUGGCUGAGAUUUUAGCCCCUCUAUUAGAUAUGGUGUAUCGCAGUGAUGAGAAGGAAAAAGCCGUACCACUCAUCUCCCGCCUCAUGUAUUACGUCUUCCCCUACCUGAAAAACCACAGUGCCUAUAAUAUGCCCAGUUUCAGUGCAGGGGCUCAGCUAUUGAGUAGCCUGAGUGGUUAUGCCUACACUAAGCGUGCCUGGAAAAAGGAAGUGCUGGAGCUCUUCAUGGAUCCUCUGUUCUUCACUAUGGAGAUGUCCUGUGUCUGCCAUUGGAAAUCCAUCACAGACCAUUUGCUCACACAUGAGAAGACCAUGUUCAAGGACUUGAUGAGCAUGCAGAGCAGUUCUCUGAAGCUGUUUAACAGUGCUGAGCAGAAGCCCAUGUUACUAAAGCGCCAGGCAUUCGCCAUGUUCAGUGGAGAGAUGGACCAGUACCACCUCUACUUGCCUCUAAUACAAGAGCGUCUGACAGAGAACUUGCGGAUGGGACAGACCCCAGCAGUGUCGGCUCAGAUGUUCCUGAUGUUCCGUGUUCUGUUGUUGAGAAUCUCACCACAGCACCUCACCUCCCUCUGGCCCAUCAUGGUCACUGAACUGAUUCGUAUUUUUGCAAGGCUCGAAAAGGCUCUGCUGGAGGACAAAGAUGCUUCAAAGAAUAAGCGAGGUGGUCAGGAGAAGAACAGCCUGAGGUCUUUUCCACGGGCAGAACUGGACAUGUAUCUGUCAGCCUGCAAGUUCUUGGACACUGCUGUGUCUUUUCCCCCUGACCGCAUGCCUUUGUUUCAAAUGUAUCGCUGGGCAUUUGUGCCUGAAGUAGAUGUAGACAGUUACGAUGGUCCAGGAACCACUCUGCUGGAGGGUGAACAGGAGUGUAAACCCCAUGUGGUCAGAAUACUGGAAGGCCUUCAGCAUCGCUAUGGGGAGCUGAACGGAACUGUGGGAGAGUCCGAAUCUGAGUGUAUGGAGUUCCCGCUCCUCACUUUCCACUCACUCUCAUCCAUUACUCAGCUCGUGCCAUUCUUCCAAACCCUGUGCUGCUCUUUCUGCAGCUUGACGCACUGUCCUCAUCCUCCUGCUGAAUACCCACCACCCAGUGCAGACAGAGUGCUGCAGCGCUUAGAGCUCAUCACAGAGCAAGAGUUUCUGGAUGGUAUGGAUUCAUAAUAAUUUAAAAUCUCAGCGAUCAGUUUUAGAAUGUGUACUCUGAUCUUACCUGCUAGUCCAUCUUAAUUGCUUGAGCAUGAAAGUCAGACAUUGUAAUGUGUUUAUGUGCAUAAUGUUAUUGUGGUGUCUGUCAGAAUUGAACAAAUGUGUUUAUUUUUGUAAUAUUGUAGCUUGAGUACAGUUAUCACAAAAGGGUUCAGGUUUAUUAUUUCAGUUAAUUGAUUUUAUGUGAAUAUUUUAUAAUUUAAUAAAGAUGAAAAAACUGGGUUAAAUAUUAAGAACAAUGAACAAAUUUUCUGUUUUCCAGUAAAAAGUACUACUCAAAUUUGAGCCUCAGAUCUUAUUAAUUUAUCAGUUAGCAUGCCCUAAAAAAGUUUUGAAGUUUUUACGUUGCAACAGGUGCAUAAUGUACCCUGGUGGUCCAGUGGCAGGAUCCUAUGCUCUCACCACCGCAGCUUGGGUUUAAUUCCUGAGCAAGGACUAGCCACUGAGGUGUUAAUUCUCAGUGUCGGUCCCUCGUCUGGAUAAAAAUGGGAGGGUUGCAUCAGGAAGGGCAUCUGCCUUAAAAGCUGUGCCAAAUCAAAUAUGUGGACCAGAUGAUCCUCUGUGGCGAUCCCAAACAGGGAGCAGCCGAAAGAACAACAUCAUUGCAGCACGUGCAUAUCACUUUUGUGAUACUAUUUGCAAACUAAGUCUUAAAUGUUUAUUUCAUGUUUUUCCCUAACAUUCCAUAACUAUGGUUUUUAAUUGAGCUACACAUGUAAUCUAGUGGAAGAACACAAAGGUCAACUUUGGCAUUAAAGUUGGCAUUUUUUUGGCAUUUCAUAGUGUUUAAUAUGCAGAUGGUUUAACGAGUAUUAAUGACAAAUGGAAUUUUGUGGGUGCUGCUAAAUCCUUAAUCAAGAAUCAGGAAUCUAGUAUGAGGUACGUGUUAUGUUAUUAUAGUGUAUCAGGUGCGUUUCAGUGCACUGUAUCUGUAGUUACCUUUUAUGGAAGAAUACUUUAGUUAUUUAUUCAACUUUGUCCUUGGACGACUGAUGAAGGACCAUUCUCUUGAGUUUAAAAGACCUAGCUAUUGUGCUUUGUCCACUUUGGUUCCAUGACUGUGAAUCAGCCAGUUGAAUAGCUCGACAGUUUGGACAUUUCCCUGCUCUAAUAUUCUUGGUGUUGAGUAGGUGUGUUAGGGCAGAAAAAUCAAAAGACUGUAGCAAACUCCUAGCAUACAGGAUUGCAGCAAUACAAUACCAUGUCCAUUGGUUCUGUUCUUUAAGCCUAUUGCUCGAUAUCUAACUUUAUCUCAGGCUUUUAAGUGGAAGAACAGACAUGUAUGUGAGCUCCACACACUGUUAUCACGAUUAGGAAGAAGGCAAUUGUUUUCUUAUUGGAUGCACAAUUUAGGCUAAAUGAACCCAAGAGAAUAAAAUAAUGUUUAUUACCAGUUUCUAUCAAAACAUCCCUUUUUAGACUCGGCAAUCUUAGAAUAAAUAUUAAAGAAAGUAUGAUCCAUUUAAAUAAAAACAACUUAAUUCUGACCCUAAAUCUUUAUAUUUUAGGGACAAAUUUCAGAUUAGUGUGCUGAAGUGUCUGAAAGAUAAACAGUGAAUGUUAUAGGCACAGUGUUUAAAGCAUCAUAAUUCCAAGUUUGUCUUUCACAAUCUAUGAAGUGUUAAAGUGUUCAUGUUAGGUCGUUCACUGAAUUGGUUUGCCCUCUGAAAUCCUUUUUAAGCUUGAAUGUGAAUUGAGAGUUUGACUGGGUGAGCAGUUGUGUACUCUUCAAAUAAAUAUUUUAUUUUACCUUUAUGAUGUUAUA